CAGUUUCUUUUCCUCUUUUUCUAAGGACAGUGAUCCCAUUAUUGGAGCACUACCCUCACGACCUCAUCUAAACCUAAUUACUUCCUAAACUCUCUAACGGCAUCACUGGCUUCCUGAAAGUCUCCAGCAAGUCUCCAGAAAAGAGGCCAGGAGCAAAUCUUUGAUGACCCAUUAAGACCCCAAGGGCCUUUCCGGAGACCCACCUGGAGUCCCCGUUUCGGGUUACCCUGCACAGAGCUCUGCGCUCCACUCGGCGCCGACAAGCGGCCCGAAAGGGGAGGCUCUGAAAGGAAGACGAGAGGAAUAUGCCGAGUACGGACCUUCUGAUGUUGAAGGCCUUUGAGCAGAUUGGAAGUCUGGCCUAUGGACCAAGUGUGGCCUGCCCGCUUUGUACAACCCAUGAGAAGGCCUUUGAGCCCUACUUCGAGAUUUUGGAAGUUUAUGCCACAAAAGCCAAGAAUUAUGUAAAUGGACACUGCACCAAGUAUGAGCCCUGGCAGCUGAUUUUGUGGAGUGUCGUGUGGACCCUGCUGAUAGUCUGGGUAUAUGAGUUUGUGUUCCAGCCUGAGAGUUUAUGGUCAAGGUUUAAAAAGAAAUGUUUCAAGCUCAUCAGGAAGAUGCCUAUUAUUGGCCGCAAGAUCCAAGAUAUAUUGAAGAAGACCAAGGAUGAUAUUAACAAGAGCAUGUCAUUCCUGAAAAUAGACAAAGAGUACGUGAAAGCUCUGCCCUCUCAAGGUCUGAGCUCAUCUGAAGUUCUGGAGAAGCUCAAGGAAUACAGCUCUAUGGAUGGUGUGUGGCAAGAUGGGAGAGCCUCUGGAGCCGUCUACAGUGGGGAAGAGCAGCUCACCGAACUCCUUGUGAAGGCUUAUGGAGAUUUUGCAUGGAGUAAUCCGCUGCAUCCAGACAUCUUCCCAGGACUACGUAAGAUAGAGGCAGAGAUUGUGAGGAUAGCUUGUUCCCUGUUUAAUGGGGGGCCAGAUUCCUGUGGAUGUGUGACCUCUGGGGGGACAGAGAGUAUACUGAUGGCCUGCAAAGCUUAUCGGGACCUUGCUAUAGACAAUGGGAUCAAAACUCCAGAAAUUGUGGCCCCUCAAAGUGCCCAUGCUGCAUUUGACAAAGCAGCCAGUUAUUUUGGGAUGAAGAUUAUACGAGUUCCACUGAACAAAAUGAUGGAGGUGGAUGUUCGGGCAAUGAGAAGAGCGAUCUCCAGGAAUACUGCGAUGCUCGUCUGUUCUGUCCCCCAGUUUCCUCAUGGUGUAUUAGAUCCUGUCCCUGAAGUGGCCAAGCUGGCUGUCAAAUACAAAAUACCUCUUCACGUGGAUGCUUGUCUGGGGGGCUUCCUCAUCGUCUUUAUGGAGAAAGCAGGAUACCCAUUGGAAUACCCAUUUGAUUUCCGAGUCAAAGGUGUGACCAGCAUUUCAGCUGAUACUCACAAGUAUGGCUACGCCCCCAAAGGCUCUUCAGUGCUGUUAUACAGUGACAAGAAGUACAGGAGCUAUCAGUUCUUCGUUGCUACAGAUUGGCAGGGUGGCAUCUAUGCUUCCCCAACCAUCGCAGGCUCUCGGCCUGGUGGCAUCAGUGCAGCUUGUUGGGCUGCCCUGAUGCACAUGGGUGAGAGUGGAUAUGUUGAUGCAACCAGACAGAUCAUCAGAACUACUCGCUACCUCAAGUCAGAACUGGAAACUGUCAAGGGCAUCUUUGUUUUCGGGAACCCUCAGGUAUCAGUCAUUGCCCUGGGCUCCCGUGAUUUUGACAUCUAUCGACUAUCUAACCUGAUGACUGCUAAAGGCUGGUUCUUGAACCAGUUGCAGUUCCCACCCAGUAUUCAUUUCUGCGUCACGCUAGUACACACCCGGAAGCGAGUAGCCGUCCAGUUCCUAAAGGACGUCCGGGAGUCUGUCACUCAGAUCAUGAAAAAUCCUAAAGCAAAGACCACAGGAAUGGGUGCGAUCUACGGCAUGGCCCAGGCAACCGUCGACAGGAACCUGGUGGCAGAAUUGAGCUCGGUCUUCUUGGACAGCCUUUUCAGCACAGAUGCUGUAACUCAGGGCAGCCAAAUGAAUGGUUCUCCAAAACCCCGCUGAGCCCAGACCCUUUCUAGCCCCAUGGCACUUCUGGCCUCCAGAAGAUUCUCGGGGUAUGGAACAGGCCACGCACAUUUUCAACAUGGUCUUGCUCCAUAGAGCACAAUGAAACAGACCAUGCGACAGCUUGAUCCUCAGGAUUCUUGUUCCUCCUUUCAUCAUCCUUUUAUGGUUUUUAAUGUGAAGAUCCCCCCAAAAUUCCAUUACAUAAUUAUUUUGCCCUUGUUAUAAAUGUUACCCUAGGAGUUAUUAUAACCAUUUCCUUCUCUAACCUCUCUAGCUUUCAACUACCACUUAAUCAUUGUGUGGCAACUCUGACCUGUCCUGAUUCCUUAGGGAAGCUGGGGUACAGUUUAUGAGCUAGAAGGUUUUCUUUGUUAUUUCAGGCAGAUUGGCUAGUCAGAUGGGAAGCAUUUAGGUAACAGAUGUCCCCCAGUGGGUGUUAGCCAUACUCUAAACAGGAGGCCUUUUCAGCUGUCCUCUUUGAGUAGGUUAGUUGGCCCUCUUAGAGUCACUUUUAUUAGAAUUUGUUUUUCCAGGACACACAUCACCAGGCUAUUCCCAGUUUGCAGGCCCCAUCGACAAGGAAACUUGGGAGCGGCCCCUUGGUCCUCCUCUGUGCUGGCAGUCCUAUUUGGCACUCGGGUGCCAUCAUUUUUGGAGAUUGUUGUUUGAAAGGUUGACCCAUUGAUUUGUUCUUGUUUCUUGGACUAGGAAGAGGGUGUGGUUUCCCGAGAAUCUAGGACUUUCUGGUCCAGGGCUGUCUCUCUGAAAUGGCAUGAUCUGAGUAUGCCUGCUGGUGCUCAGAAGCCAGACUGUUUUCUACACUUUGCUGAGGAUCAGAGUAGGAUGAGCACCUGACUUCAGAUGCAUGUCACAAGGGUGCUGGUGAUCGUCCUGCCCUCUGUUGCUUUAAGGCAUCAUGUAUGAGAAUGUUUUGCUUGAAGAAACAGCUCAAAAGCACCUUCACAAGUUGCUUUGGCUUACCCUAAGUGGGUGCACGGAGGCAUGAGAGCGCCCCCAAGGCAAGGACACUUUUCUCUCUCCAUUAGUGUGUCCUUCCUGCCUUUCCCCCCUUUAUUCAGCUCCCAAAGGUACUAUGGCAACUUAGCCUCAGGUACAAGAUGCUUUUCAGCCUGGCUAAGAUGAGAUAAGCUUUUUGGAAUAGGAAAACAUGAUGGCAAGUGUUGUUUGUGGACUCGGGCUUGGGAUUCCUUCCUAAGACUAGUUGCUCAGGGUGGUGCAGGGAGAGGACCAGACCCUGCACCCACUUCCUCCUCCCCUGCAUGGGCCCUCACCCCUCCUGUCUGAUGACAACAUAUCGUGUGCCUUUCUCUUCAGCCGUGAGCAGUGGGGGCUAUUCCUGACAGACCCUAGAGGAAGUAAUCAGUCUUUGAGGCUUUUCUUUGGGUAGAGGAGUACUUAGGAUAAGUCAGGAGAAACUUUCCUCUGUUCCAUUGCCCUUCUCAGGGACUCCUGAAUAUUCAGCCUCCUCAGGCUAGUGUCCUCUCGCCUCUGCUGGGAAUGCUGGCCAGAGAGCCAGGCUCACUGACUUUCCCCCAGGCUUUUUGUCUGAAGUGUUCUGUAGCACUGUACUUCCUGCAUAGUAACUGUGACUAGCUAGCCAUCAUUGUGGGGCUGGUUUGGGGGUGUGCGUGUGUGUGUGUGUGUAGGUAUGUCUCUUCCUGCCUAUCGUGGGUUCCAAAAGUCCGGUGUAUGUGUGUGUGUGUCUGUCUGUCUGACAUCUUUUGGACAUGGGAGUCACAAUCCCUUCAGUUGCUAAACUGGUGGGUACCUCCUGAAAGAGAAGCUGUGGUGGGAGCUGUGCGUGACGUCUCUUGGGUCCCCAGUGCGUUCUUAAGUUGGUGGCAGUGCAGGGCAGAUGCUCUGGCAGGCACCACUGAUUUGUCAGCUUCUAAAGUGGCGCUGCACGUGCCCUACAGAUUGUGCUGUUGUUUCCAGUGUCUCCUUGGGACCUUCCUCUGUGCUGUGACCACGUUGUUGCCAGGGGUGAUGGUGUAUUUCAAAGGGACCUACUGUUGCCACUUUCAUUUAUGAUCACAAGCCUUAGUUUGAUCCAGUACUUGCGGGCUUUGCAUUCUGUGUGUAUCUGUGCAUGUAGUAACACCUAGUCUGGAAGAGGCGGAGGAAUGUCUUAAUAUCAUGUUGCUGGCAGAUGUCAUUUUGGCUUCUGCGAAAACUGUACUGUUGUUUGUGCAGUAGAAGUAGUUGUGUGAAAAUACUGCCAUGUCACUUUUAAUAUUACCAGUUUUAUACUUGGAAAAUGGUACUUGCCUCUUAAAUCUUUUGUCUUUAACCUCCCCUCUCUUUCUUAGUAACCCUUCCUCAUUGCAGCAAUAAUCUCUUUUAAAAAAUUAAGUAAUAAAAUAUCCCAAAUGUUAAUCGUCUUGAAUGGUUGCAUUCAUUUAUUUGGGCACAGGGAGAUCCCAGGAGGGGGUGGCAGGAGCUCUUGACCUGGCUACUGAUGAGAGCGCGCCCCCUUUUGGUGGAACGGUUGUGUGUGACGCUGAUACCAAGGCCAAUAGACCCAGGCAGGGAACAGCAAUCCUGUCAGC